AUGAUCCCAACUAUGCUCAGGAACGUUAGACUCCGUGGAUAUAUUGCUGACGCCAAGCUCCCACCUCGUCCAUCCGACCUACAACAAGACAGAAAUUUUCCGAAUUCUACAUCGAAAGAUUUUUGGACCAGACCAUUAGAUAAACCGUCGCUGGAAGUUUCCAUAAAUAUCGCGAGUCUCCAACUUAUUGUGGCUGCUGGAUUAUACGUGAUGCCAUCUAUCCUGAGGUCUUCCACUGAUGUCAAUGCGGGGGCGGACCGCAUGGCUGCGGACCCUAAUUCUCCUCGGGGAAGAAGGCUCAGAAUAUCCGAACCAUUGCGCUUGCAAGGACUAUCUCAUAGUACGAAACCACAGCACUUUCCACUAACGUUCACAGACCGUUCUACACGUGAAGACAUCAUCAUGUUUUUCCAACAAAUCCCUGAAGGAAUGAUCCGACAUGCGGACUUCCACGAGUACUAUCCAAAAUACGAUGGUCUAUCCAGAAGCAAGCGGAUGUGGAAAUUUGAAGCCUUGUGGGAGUCCUGCACAAUAUGGCUUCCGCAGUAUGGGGCUUACAUUUUGAAUCCCGCAUGUCUUCCUGGAAAGGACGCUAGUAUGUUUACCCCCCCUUCCCCCCCCCACUUUAGCGGGAAUAGCUUAUUACUUAACUAAAAUGGGUGUAAAGCGUUGUUUAGUGAAUGCACAAGCGCAGACGAUAUCCUGAGGUAAGCUUGUGAAACACACAGAGAGGGUUAAGUUACGCUCGAAUAUACUCGAGUAUCUACCCUUUGCUGGAAAGGAGCAAUCAGAGUCUGCCGUCGAAAUUCUCUGCUCGCGCGGCUAAGUCGAGGCUGGACACCCAAAUGAUAGCUCCCACACAAAGUGUCCGGCUUGGGUUAGGCCACCCGAGUAAUACGAAGCACGGGGGCGAAUGCUGGAUAAUAGUACUCGGAUAGCCUAUCUCCAACUUGCUCCUUUCUCUCAAAAGUUUAUUUGAUUCUCCCGCAAGAUGGUACCACUGCUUUUUUAAUUGUUUUGAUGUGAGGUUACGGAGGGUCCCAACUGUUGGGCGUGCUAGGGAAUUUCGCUUUCUAGUUCUAGCUUCUCGCUUACACUUAUUCGAUUACUUGUACCUGAUUCCUUACAGCAGGAGUCUAACCAAAACUCACCAGUCUGAUUAGCUAGUGACUGCUCGCUUUAGUACUAAAGGAUAAGCACGGCAUCUAGAAGUAGGGCUCGCAUAACAGAUGACCAUCUUUGUUAGGCGAUUUCCCCAGAGAGAAGCCCUUAGCUACAAGAGAGCCUAGGGGAGAUGGGCUAUCGUGGGAGGGAAAAGGGGAGGGAAACUCCUUUGGUUCCCAAGGGAAUAGGAUAUGUUUCAACGGGUGUGUUUUUGGAUUAUUGUUGUGGGUGAAGUGGCCUCGAGAAAACAUGGUUCAUAUGAGUUUGCAACUUGGUGGUGGUCGAAUUUUAGGACUUUACUUUA